GUGAUCGAGUGUCUGAAGGAGAACAAGCGUCAGCUGACUCAGAGAUGUCACCAGAAGAUCUUCAAACUGCAGGAAGUGGAGAUGGUGGAUCCAGAACUGGACUACCAGCUGAUGAGAGUCUGCAAGCACAUGAUCCGGCGUUUCUGCACAGAGUCGGAGGGGAAGAACACUCUUCAGUGUCUGAAACAAAACAAGAACAGCGAGCUGAUGGAUCCCAAAUGUAAACAGAUGAUCACCAAGAGACAGAUCACCCAGAACACAGACUACAGGCUGAACCCAGUUCUGAGGAAGGCGUGUAAAGCCGACAUCCCCAAGUUCUGCCAGCCGAUCCUGAACAAGGCGACGCCCGACAGCGAGCUGGAGGGGCAGGUCAUCGGCUGCCUCAAGCUCAAGUACGCCGACCAG